AGUACAUGAUUUUUUAUGCAGUAUGAUUCAGUGGAUAGUCUGUGUCAAAUAAGUUGUCUAUCAAUUUACAGUGGUAACAAGGUACCUAAAGCAUCUAAAUUAUUUAUUCGCCUUGGUAGCCUAUUGUCGCAUUAGAUGGGGCUAAUUGUUGGCCAACUAGACAGUUUUGGGCAUGUCUGAUCAAAGGACUGAUAACAGGGAAAAUUAGAACCGGUGUCAAAUAUACAUUCAGAAGGAGUUAUUCUACACUUCAAAAUAAGGAAAUCUGCUCACAUGACUUGGUCUCAUGACCUGCACAUGCUGUGAUCAACAUCGGAGCAGGAAGAAAGAAUCCUGAAUCAGCAACACUGGAUUUCUGGGAUCUGUCUCUCUCUUCCAAUCUGAGGAACAUCCUGCACUGAAUAGGACAGCUGAGAUCGCAGCCUGCAAAAACUGUUAGAAGGUAAUUCCUUAGAAAAAUGACUCAUGCUGGCAAAAAACUUACAGGGCUUGUAGCUGCAACAUUCACCCCCCUCACAACCCAAGGUGAGGUUGAUCUCUCAGUGAUUGGACAAUACAUUGACUUCCUAGUCGAAAAGCAGGGUGUACGGAAAGUCUUUGUGAAUGGAACCACAGGUGAGAGUCUGUCCCUCUCUGUGGACGAGAGGAAACAGCUGGCGGAGGCGUGGUGUCAAAAGGGCAAGGGAAAACUCGAGGACGUGAUUGUGCACGUUGGCUGUUCAAGUCUAAAGGAUUCUCAGGAACUGGCACGCCAUGCUGUUGUCGCAGGGGCUGAUGGCAUUGCAGUAAUCUCUCCGUCCUUCUUUAAACCACCCAAUGCUGCUUCACUGAGGAUGUUUCUUCAGGAGGUUGCUGCUGCUGCUCCAGCUCUCCCAUUCUACUACUAUCACAUCCCCAGCAUGACAGGGGUUCACUUGCGCGCCUUAGAUGUGCUGGAGGGAAUCGAGGAAGUGAUCCCGUCGUUCAGAGGCCUGAAAUACAGCGGCACUGACCUGUUAGACUUUGGCCAGUGUGUCAGUUGCAGUCCUGGCCACUGGACACAAAUGUAUGGUGUAGAUGAGCAACUGUUGGCAGCUCUUGCCAUGGGAGCAGAUGGUGCAGUGGGCAGCACAUACAACUAUAUGGGAAGUGUCAUGAACAAAGUUAUGUGUGCCUUUCACAAGGGAGACCUGGGGCAGGCCAGGACUUUACAGUUUCAGAUGCAGGAGAUUAUUUUGUUUGCAAUAAAACAAGGGUUCAACCUAGCUAUGAACAAGCACAUAAUGAGUGAGGUGUCUGGGAUAUCUCUGGGGCCUCCACGGCUCCCCCUAAUCCCCUGUGAUGUGCCAAAGGCCCAGGCUGUGGUCCAGAAAAUACAUUCCGUCCUGGGUGAACAGCAAUAACAGUUUAAUGAUGCCAUUCCUAGGCGCAUUACUUUCAGUAAUACUCGACUUGAUUACUUGAACGUAGAAAAUGUAUUUUUUAUGUGGGUUUUGUUUUGUUUUGUUCUUCGGUGUGUAGAUUAUGCUUAUUUCGUUUCAUCAUCUAAGAUGCCAGUGUUAAUGGUAAAGAUAAACAAUCAGGUCAUGCCGAUUAUAAAAGGGAAAAUGUGCCUAAUGUAUUCUUUUUUUUUAGCUAUGUUAGUAUUUCAGAAAUGUACCGCUAAAGUUACUGAUGUAUUUUUGACACUGAUUUCUACCUGAUUAACUAACUGUAUUUUUCAAGAACACUUAAAUACAUUUUAGUCACUUACAGAAGAGGUUUACGCAACAAAAUAAACAUUCCAAAAUAAUAUCUUGUAUCUUUCUCAUAAUAAAGUUUAUUUGCUCGGGUAUGCAAACCGCA